AUGGUCCUCUCCCAGCUCUUCGGCCAGCUCGCAUUGGCCGCAACCGCCCUCGCCGUGCCCCUCGUCGGGCGAGAGGCCACUACCGCCAACUCGGCCGAGACCAUCGCCUGGGGGCCAUGCGACUUUGACACGGUUGGCAAGGGCCCCAUCGAGUGUGCCGCGUUUCCCGUGCCCCUUGACUACACCGAUGCAGGUAGCACCAAGAAGCUCAUGCUCUCUCUAAUCAAGAGCCCGGCACCCAACCCGACCAAGAGCAAGAAGAGCAUCCUAUUCAACUUUGGCGGUCCUGGCUACGAGGCGGUUCACACGCUCAACUCGCUGGCCGAUCGGCUGCAUACCGGCCUCGGUAACACCAUCCGCUUCUCCUGCUUCGACAACGCUACAGAUCGCCAGGUGGCCACUCUCCAAUUCCCCGUGUUGCCCACUACCGCCUAUGAGACCGCCUUGGCCCAAACCUUUGCCGGCGCCGAGGUCUGGAGCAAUCUCUGCUACGCCAAGAACAAGGACAACGAGAACGCCAAGUACCUGGGUACCGCGUUUGUGGCCCGCGAUCUUAUGAGCGUGGUUGAUGCUCUCGGAGAGGAUGGGCUGCUGCGAUACUGGGGUCUCUCCUACGGCUCCACUCUCGGCGCAACCGUAGCGGCCAUGUUUCCCGACCGCAUGGACCGUAUCGUGCUCGACGGCGUCGUCAACUCACACAACUACUAUCACCGUCUCGGCAUCGACGUCGACCAACUGCUCUCUGCUGACGACGCUUUCCGCUCGAUCCUAGACCAAUGCCUCGCCGCCGGCCCAGAACGCUGCGCUCUGGCUUCGCUAAAGGGCAACACCACCGCUGCCGAACUUGAGGCCACGCUCCUGGCCACCAUCGACCGCUACCACAAGAACCCCGUCGCCGCAGGCGCCACCGUGGUCGACGGCAACGUUGUCGGCCAGAUCAUGUUCAUCACCAUCAAGUACACCGGAGACGUGCCCAACGCGGCCGUGCACCUGCGCAACCUCGUCAACGGCGUCAACAUCACCGAAGCGGCCGCAUACAACACCGCGCUGAACGCCGGCAUCGCCCAGGGCAACGAUGACUCGUUUUUAGGUAUUAAGUGCUCCGACACGUUCCCCCGCGCCGACACGUUGGAAGGGAUCAUGCCGGACGUCAACGCCAUGCUCCACUCCAGCAAGCUGUUUGGGGCCCAGAUCGCUUCCAUCGCCGCGCAGUGUGCCUCCUGGCCGUGGGAGGCCAAGGAGCGCUACGAGGGCAACUUCAAGGGCAUCAAGACCAAGAACCCCCUGCUGCUGUUUGGCAACACGUACGACCCUGUCACGCCGGUGGUCAACGCGAAGAACAUGAGUGCUGGGUUUGAAGGGAGCGUGGUCGUCGAGCAGCACGGAUAUGGGCACGCUACCGUUUCCCAGCCGUCCAACUGCACCACCCAGAUCAUGCAGUCGUACUUUACUAAGGGCACCCUGCCUAAGCCCGGUACCUUGUGCGAAGUGAACACCUCGUUGUUCUAG